GACAUCUUAUCAAGCAAGUUGAGGCAGUCAAUCUCACUCAACACAGCAGCAGCUCCUUCACUACAUUCAACAAUUUGAUCUCAUUCCGGGAGUGGAAAUUCCACUCUAGAAUAAUUCCAGUCAAAACGUUUCUCGUUCUUAAUAAUAAUUCACGACAGACAAUUUUGGAAAAUUAUUUAUUAUUUUAUCGCGUCAAGUAAGUAAAUCAUCCCCACGUGUGUCGGGAAAUGAGCACUUCGUCCAGCAGCGAUGACGAGACAGCCAAGGACCUCGCCAGGCAACUUCGCAGGGUCAAUAUUGGUGGCGAAAAUGAGACAAUCUCGAGUUCAGAGGACGGCGUUCAUGGACGUAAAGAGCACGGUGACGACAUUGGUAUUGUUCGAGGUGUGGGGCACCGAAACUCGGUACGUGUUGCAAGGGCUAAACGAUAUCCUAACCAUCAACCCGAAGCCAUCCAAGUACUUAUCAAAAUAACUGGGAAAACAGAAGCAGAGUUAAAGUCAGCCCUUUACAAGACAUAUAUCGUCGACAAGCACAAGGAUGAUUAUAAGGAAAUUUCACGUUACGUGCGUAAUGGACAAAAUCACGGGUUUGGAAUUGAAGUUGUUCACAUCAUCCGGAUCGUGCGAAACAACGACUUUGAAUUUGAUUCUGAACCAUCAUCACACUCGUCUUUUAAGCGAAAGCCAUCCGGCAUUUUUCAGCACAAGCGACCACCUUUAACCAACAAUCCAUCUGUGACUUCGGCGGCGGCAUCAGUCCCGGCACAAAAUGUCCUCGCCAACAUCGGCGCUGCAGGUGCUGGUACCUCGCAGUCUGGGGGACCAGCAAGCAGCAGCACUCCACGCCCACGCCCUUAUCGUAGCAAAAACUAUCGCAUGCUCUUGUGGCAUGGAACCCAAAAACAGUACGUCCCCUCCAUCCUCAUCGAUGGAUUUGCCAUCCCUCCCAUCAAAAAUCAAAUGUUCGGCACUGGAGUGUAUUUUGCCGACCGUUCGAGCAAGAGUGCCGGAUACUGUGGUGGAACGACGGCCGGAAGUGAGGGAUACUUGUUCCUUUGUGACGUCAAAUUAGGCAAAAUCUAUAACGCUUGCAAGCCUCAUAAUGACUACACCAAGGCCCCCGAUGGAUUCGAUACUGUCAAAUGUUGCGGAAAGCGAAUUCCUGAUGAAGAGGAACCGAAUCGAGAACUUCAAGGCGCCUUAAUUCCAAGCGGAAGGACGAUUGAUAACUCUAAAUUUCCUAAUUAUACGUUAAUAUUCAAUGAAUAUAUUGCUUAUGAAACGGAGCGCAUUAAAACAAAGUAUUUGGUGGUGGUUAAGUUUCAUGCAAAACCGUCUUGGCGACGGCGACGCCAUCACAGAGGAGGAAGACAAUAAGUACUGAUUCUGUAUUAUUUAUAUUAUUAUUACUUCAUUUAUUUUCUUUACAAUAAAUGAUUAUAAAAAAAUGUCAA